AUGCUGUCUAACCGUCUAAUUUACUCUCCAGCUCAUCCGAAAGUGAUUAGCGUUGGACGCGAACGCGUCAAAACCUCCACCCUAUUCGCCCCUGUAACUUUCGAAUGUCUGGGCGAAGGCAACCCACCGCCGACCUACCAGUGGAUCCAGACAAAAACGUCGCAACAAUCCGAUAGCGUCAUAGAGCGCGGCAGAGAGGCCAAGCUACACAUCAGAAACGUCACUUACGAGUAUCAGGGAGAAUUGAAGUGCAAGGUUACGAAUGUAAUUAAAGGAGAGGAACAGAGUGAUAUCAGUGAGCACAUUAUGCUUCAAGUAUAUGGUGCCCCCCAAGUGUUGCGACACACAGCAACGCCGGAAAUCUUCGUCGAAAGUGGACAAACCGUGGAUCUCAGCAUGGUCGUUUGCGCUGAUCCCAGACUAAGAUCGAUUGCCUGGGAAUGGGGCUCGCUCAGACUGGAAGCCGGCAAUGAGAUGGGAAAAUUCAAAGUGGACGACGUAACUCAAGAAGAGGGAGAAGACUGCUAUUUAACCACACUUCACGUCAAAGAUACUUCAGCGACAGACUCGAAAACCUAUUAUUUGCUCGUGGAAAACGACAAGGGCAGGGAUACGCAUGCCGUUCAAUUAUACGUGAAUGUGCUUUAUUAUUCCAGCCGAAAGCUCGAUAUAGAAAAAACCGCUCACCACCAUCAGCUGACCAACAACCAAAACUCGCAUCCGCCGUCACUUGGGCCGGGCGGCAUUCAUGCCGACGCCCUCUACACGACGGGUCCCAGAGGCGGCAACCACCCAGACGCCAUGAAGGUACGUCUGGCUUCAAUGGUACUCCAACCGCCCACUGAAGUAUAG